AUGUACCAUGCUGCUCCUGUGGUCGCGUUUGGCCGCGCUCGCUCUCGCCGCGAUGGGUGGCCCCGUCUCGGCCUCGCCCCUGAAGGCCCGCGACAACGGCCUGAGCAUCGCGCCCGCCUCUCGCACCGAACAAGUCACCAACUUCAACAAGCGAAACAUCUCCGUUCCACCCACCCUCAACUCCAUUCACUCCUCGAUUCUGAUCAGAGACGUCUCCGAUUCCACCGGUCCCGCCUCUCACCCCCCGCCCCGCCCUCCCGCCAUCAAACUUCUUUCGAUAGGCAAAACGUACCACCCGGGCGACAUGGUCCCUUUCAAGUGGGACCUGCCUGUAUCUCUAAAACAAGCCGAUCUCUGGAUAGCUUACUACGGGGCUGUAACUCGAUACCUGGUGAGCUUCUUUCGAUGCUUCCCAGACAAGGUCGAAGGCGGCUGCGACCCCUGACCAAAGGGGAAAUCCAAUGUCCGACUUGAUGCUAUUCGGACUUGAUGCGGACUUCAUGCUACAGUGUGGUACAAUUUCGGCAUCUCGCUCACCACUGGACGCGGCGGCUUGGUUCUUCCGGCCGCCGACGCCAUACCCUGGAAGGACGUUACCGGUCACGAAGGAGUACAAGCAAGUCUCGGCGUAUGUACCUCCAACCUUCUUUUCUAUCGAGAUUUGAUCAAUUGAGAGCUUAUCUCCCACAAAUACCUUUACUUCAUCUUCUCACCGAGUCAGUACAGCUAUGAUGCCAGAGUAUACGGGGCAGCCUCCCAAUCCUUCAUCAUCCAGAACAAGUAG